AUGGUCCAAGGUGUGCACUCUGAGCCACCUUCCCUACUCCGUUUAUCCAUCUCUCUCUUCUUCUUGACCAGGACAGUUCCACUCUCCUACAAGCUACUGGAAGGUCACGACAGCCACCCACCCCUGGUCUUCCUACAUGGGCUCUUCGGCAGUAAAAUCAACUUUGAGUCCGAGGCCAAAGCCCUGGCAGAGCAGACAGGCAGGAAGGUGCUGACCAUAGAUGCCCGGAACCACAGGGACAGCCCUUCAGAUCCGGAUUGCAGCUACGAGGCCAUGAGUGCGGACGUGGAAGCUCUCCUGUUAAAACUAGGACUUGCUCCUUGUGUCCUCCUCGGGCACUGCAUGGGGGGCAAGACAGCCAUGGUCCUGGCACUUCGGAAGCCUGAGCUAGUGGAACGCCUAAUUCCUUUGGAUAUCAGCCCAACUGUGACCACAGCCUUCCCAAAAGCCUCGACCUACAUAGAAAACAUGAAGUCACUAAAGAUCCCCAAAGAGCUGUCUUUCUCCAAGGCCCAACAAUUAGCUGACGAGCAGCUCAGCCAAAGCAUCCAGAAUCCGAGAAUUCGGCAAUAUUUGCUCAACAAUCUGAUCAUGGUCGAUGGGCAAUACGUGUGGAAGGUCAAUAGCGAAGUUCUGAGCCGGCAGGUGGACAACUUAAUGGACUUCCCACAAAUUCAGGGAUCCUACUCUGGCCCCACGCUUUUCCUGAGAGGCGCCAACUCACCUGUGAUUCAGCCUCAUGACUAUCCUGAGAUCAAGCGUCUUUUCCCUCAAGCCCAGGUUCUGACUAUCCCAAAGGCUGGCCACUGGAUCCAUGUUGACCAACCCCAAGACUUCCUGACCAGUAUCCUGAAUUUCCUGUCCUCAAAGUUGUCGUCUUUCCAGACUUCCAACUCUGAGAGCCCUGGAAAUCAACCAGACACCAUCUAG